AUGAAGGACACAGAUGAGCAGCCAGAUGAAGAGAUACAGAGGACGAGGUCUGAAAGGAGCUUCCUGCCGCUGGAGUUCCGGUGCUCCACCCACCCUGGUGGAAGGAGCACAUCUGUGCUCAUAAUCCGGAAGCUCUCCACACCUCAUACUUCAGUUCUUAAUAUAACUCAGAGAACACACAUAGGAGACAAAGUCUAUGAAUGUAAUGAAUGUGGAAAAACAUUCUGCAAAAAGUCAAAACUCACCAAACAUCAGAACACACAUACAAGAGAGAAACCCUAUGAAUGUAAGGAAUGUGGGAAAUGCUUCUCUCACAAAUCUCUCCUCACUUUACAUCAGUGAGGCCACACAGGAGAGAAACCCUAUGAAUGUAAGGAAUGUAGAAAAAGCUUCUACCAUAAGUCAUAUAUCACAGUACACCAGAGAAUUCACACAGGGGAGAAGCCAUAUGAAUAUAAUCAAUGUGGAAAAACCUUCGUAAGUAACUCAGUCCUCACAGUACAUCAGAAAACACACACAGGCGAGAAACCCUAUGAGUGUAAUCAGUGUGGGAAAUUCUUCUCUAGAAACUCCUACCUCAGAGUACAUCUGAGAACUCACACAGGGGAGAAGCCCUGUGAAUGUAAAGAAUGUGGGAAGUUCUUCUCUAGGAAUUCAUACCUGACAGUACACCAGAGAACUCACACAGGAGAGAAACCCUAUGAGUGUAAAAAACGUGGGAAGACCUUUUGCCAUAACUCAGUCCUCAAUUCACAUCAGAGAACUCACACAGGUGAGAAGCCCUAUGGAUGUAAUCAGUGUGGGAAGUCAUUUUCUGAGAAAUCAGUUCUCACAGUACAUCAGAGAAUACACACAGGGGAGAAACCUUAUAAGUGUAGUGCAUGUGGAAAGUCCUUCUAUCAUAAGUCAGAUCUCACUAAGCAGCAGAGAACACAUACAAGAGAGAAACCCUAUGAAUGUAAUCAUUGUGGGAAAACCUUCAGUUGCAACAUGGACCUCAAAGUACAUCAGAGAAUACACAUAAGAGAGAAACCCUGUGAAUGUAUCGAGAGUGAGAAAACCUCCAAGAAAUCAGUUAUCACAGUACAUCCAAGGUUACACACAGGGGAAGAAAAUUUAUGA